AUGGGCCCGUAUGUGCCACCGGGCCAGUCGCCGCCCUUUGAGGUUGUCGAUGAAUUUCACCACGGCGCGUGGGUGAUUAUUACAGCAGCGCUGGGGCUGGUUGUUACGCUUGUGUGCUUGUUGAUUCGGCUCUAUGUGCGGCUUAUGUUGAUUCCGCCGUUUGCGCGGGAUGAUUGGAUUUUGUUAGGGGCGACGGCCAUUGCUGUGCUGCAGUCUAGUCUGAUCUUCUACGCCUGCUCGCGCGGACUCGGCACAUCCAUCUCGCUACUGAAGGAUGGUCGCCUCCAUCAGAUCCAGGCAUUGCUCGCAACAAGCGAUGUCAUCUCUUUGAUAAUCAUCUAUCUCUCCAAAUGCUGCGUCGUGGCUAUCUAUCUCCGCCUUACGCCCCAGAAACCACAUAACCGAGCAUCCUGGGCGACCCUAGCUCUCUGCACGGCCUGGGUGAUCCCAGCAGUCUUCAUCAUCCUGGUCAAUUGCGAACUAAAUACACCGUGGCGGAGUGACGGGGGCCAAUGCCGCAACCUGUACAACCGAUGGCAAUUCAUCGCCGCUGUCGACGUCAUCACAGAACUUCUCCUCUUCCUAUUAGCUAUCGUCCUCUUAAAAGGCCUAUUCAUGUCCCUCCGGCGCAAACUAGCCGUUGGCUUUGCUUUUAUAUUCCGCUUUCCUAUCAUAAUAUUCUCCCUAUUCCACAUCGCAACACUCCGCACAGCCCUAAACAACAAAGACACAACCCUCGCCGCCGUCGAACCCACCGUCUGGAUGCAAGUCGAGGUCCAUUACGCCCUAAUUGCCUGCAGCGUUUUCUGUCUCAGACCCUUCAUGGCUGCCGUUAGCACCAACUACGGUACGGCCGGUGACUCGACACUGGAAAGUAGCAUGUCCAGAUCCCGCGAGACGAAAAAUAGUUCCAAAUCUGGCUCUGUUUCUGGUUCUGGUUCGAAUUCAGCUUCGAGGGCCAUGUCGCAGAGUCGCGUGCAGAGGAAGAGAGCUGGAACCGGGUCACAUCCGCUGUUUUGUCCUGUUGGUGGUGGGGGUUCGACGAAGAAUCCCUCCUCAUCGGGUCCUGUGGGGGCUGAUGCUGGGCAUGCGCCGGGGAAUAAUCAGCACAGCGCUGGGGAUGGUGCCGGGUCGAAUCCUGUGCGCGUGCCGAUGCGUCGGUCGUUGUUCGCGUUCAGUGAACCCCGUAAGAAGAAGAGUUUCUCGAAGCUGGAGAAGGGGAAGAAUAGAGUUAAAGCCGGGUCUAGGGGGUCGUUUCCUGUUGCUUCGGAUUUGAUCGAGCUUGUGCCGAGGACGCAUACUCGGAAUCCGAGUGCUGCGGGUGCGGUUGAGCCGGAGGAAGGGGAGGGUGCGGAUAGGAUGGUUAUCCAUAAGGAGGUGAGGUAUUCGAUUCAAUAUGAAGAUGAGGCGGAGGGGAGCGCGCGAGAAGAGUUGAAGAAUUCUGUUGAUGUUUCUACUUAUGUAUAA